AUGGAAGUAAAACCAUGUCCAAAAAGAUAUUUCGAUCUAGAUGGGUGUACUUCAUAUUUUUAUGCUUUGUAUAAUUUAUAUCCUAGCGAGUUUGAAAUAAAACAUAUUGACUUCUUAAAACAUAUUAAAGAUUUCCCUGAUCCCAUUUUAAAAUAUGUAGCUUUAUAUUUUUAUUAUAAUUACUCAGUAGCCAAAGAUUAUUUUACUGGGGAAUCAGGUCAAAAUGAUUUAGCUUGUCAUAAUUUGAAUAGAUGGUUAGAUCAACAUAAAAGUUUCUUUACACAUUCAGAAAAGUGUGAAUAUAAUAAAAACCAAUGGAAUAUAAACAUUGAACCAUUAUGGGAAAAAAAUUGGACUCUUUUACAUGCAAUAAACCACAACCUGAAGAUGAUAUUUGUUAUGAUCCUUCAGAAGAAGAUAGUACUAAAAUUGAAAAGGAUUGUGAUGAAAUUAAAGAUUUAUGUGAUGAAUGUGAUAAAUUUCGCUUAA